AUGAAGAAGUGUCUCUGGAGGACACCCGGGGGCCGGGCGUCUCAGCAGCACGAACGUUGGAGGCCAGUGACUCAGCAGCAGGAACCUUGGAAGGCGGUGCAGCUUGAAACCCACAAAGAGGAGCUGUUGUACUUUAAGUCCAAACGUGUAACUACCGAGGAGAGUCAGAGCCAAACAAGAGACAGCCAUGUGUCAUUCAGUAAUGAAAAGGAGGACCUGCAUUAUGGAGAAGUAAAUUUUCACAAAAAGACCCCUCACACAUCCUCACAGCACGACAAUGAACGCCAGGAGACUGUGUAUGCCGAAGUUAAAGUGUCUAAACCAGAUAACAACUCAACUGUUAAUGACAGUCCAGAGGAGCCUGGUGUUUUGGCAGAUUGUGGUGGCGCGUCACCAGGCAUCUCUAUUAUUACACCCGCCCUGAAUGAGGCACUGAGUGGAUCUUGUUUGCAAGUCCCUUGCAGCUUUAAAGGAGAGAAUUCCUUUAAAAUCAAUGAAGUAACUUCUGGAGUGUGGAUUAAAAGUCCUAAGAAUAUCUUCGACACUUACAAUGGAGUUAACAAAUAUCCAAUAGAAAUUAUUGGAAACCUAAGUCAGAAAAACUGCACCACUCUGUUUUCUAAUGUUAACACAAGUAAUGAAGGCACAUACUUCUUCAGAAUUGAAAUCAGCGGUGACAGGGCUACAGCUUGUGCUGAUCCUCUUCAAGUAAAAGUUAAAGAUUCUCCUUGGAGUCCCAGCAUUAAUAUCCCUGUUGGUGAUCUGAAGGAGCAUCAGUCUGUCAAUAUAAGCUGCUCAGCUGUGACUCCCUGUCCACACUCACCUCCUGAACUCACCUGGAAUCUCCAACAAGACUCUGAGAGACAAACAGAGAAAAACACAGAUGGAACUUUUACAACUAAAAUCCAAAAGACCAUCAGUCUGUCAGACACACAUGAUGGAUACAACAUCAGCUGUUCUGCCAGAUAUCCUGUGAAUGGAGGAAACAAGACAGCAGAGACAGAAGUGACUCUCAGUGUUUCAUAUGCUCCUAAAGACACCUCAGCAUCCAUCAGUCCAUCAGGUUUGGUGUCAGCAGGUAGCUGGGUGGAGCUGAGCUGCUCCAGCAGAGCCAAGCCUCCUGCCAGCUUCACCUGGUUCAGGAACAGCAAACAUGGAGCCAUUAAUGUAUCUGUGGGGCAGGUUUACAGCUUCAAUGUUACUGAGGGAGGAGAGUAUUACUGUGAGGCUAGAAAUGAUCUGGGGACUCAGAGAUCAGCAGUGAUCAUCCUAGAUAUUAAAGGAAACCCUCUAUUUUUGACUCUGCUUCUUGCAGGUAUUAUUGUCAUUGUGCUCAUCUUAUUGAUGAUAAUGAUUUGGUGCUUUAAGUCCAAACGUUCAAAUCCAAAACAGACUCAGAAUCAAACAGGUGAAGAGGCUGAUGUUGAAAAGGCAGCUGAUAUACCAGAAGAAGAAAUCCAUUAUGGGCAGGUAAACUUCUGUAAGAAGGAACCAGAAGCUUCUACUGUCUCACUGCAAGACUGUGGGGAACAGGAAACGGUUUAUGCACAAGUCAAAGCAUCAAACGCAGGAAACAGCUCAACACGAACUCACGAUAGACCAGAGGAUCUUUAUGCUCAAGUGAAUGUAAAAAAACUUCACAGAAAUCAUACUUAAACCUAUCCCCCAAAAAAUCUGAGUCAAAGUAGGAUAAAAAUAUCCAUUGUCCUAUAUAAUAUGUCAAAUGCUCAAAUUAAGAAAAGUCCUUUUUAUAUGCAUCAGUUUGAUAAAUAGCACAUCAUCGAACUGGAGCUUGCAAGCUCCGGUUGAAGAAAAAAAAAGAAAAGCUGUCUUGUUACCACACUUCCUCCUUUAACCAGACCCUUGCAUAAUGUUGGGUUGUCUGUAAAAGCCCACGUUGUCUGUAAAAUGUGUUUCCUUUUUUAGACAUCACGUUUUAAGCUUUGGACCACAGUCAGUGGCUGGUUAAAGCUUGUUAGACACAUGUACAGUAGCAAGAAGACGUCAUUUUUUUCUGGCAGCCUUGUUUUGAAUGUUCUCAUUGUUUGGAGUCUGAAAAUCUUCCCAUUUACACUACCCUUUUGAAACUCUGCCGAGAACGGUUGUAGCAGGGUGAACAAGAUAACUGUUAAAUGUAAAUGGAAGGCAAUUGAACGGGACCGUGCCAGACACAACCGAACCGUGCUAAAUCUAGCAUUAGUUUUGGCUCGGUUCUCUUAUAUCCAGGAGCACAAGAGCAGACUCAACUCCUAUUUACAGUCAGCUGACUCAUGUCUGUCCGGCUGUACAAUUCAUAGAUCUCUUCACCUGUUCCCAACACAAACUUAUUCUCAACCUAUUAAUGAUAAAUUACAUUGAAAGAGC